AUGGGCGCGGGACCCAGCUGCAACCUCCGCAAUCCUCAUCAAUUGGACAUAGAAGCGGUUGAUGCAGCAAAACCCCAAAUGGAAGUCUUUGAGAUCCACAACGCGACGCAGUGCAGCGAGAAAGAGAAGCACGGCGACGCUAAUGCUGGAGCAUCCGAUGCCGACCAGGGGAUGAGCGAAGAAAGCCGUAGUGAAAGUGACGAUUCCGGCUCCCACCCGCGCGUGCGCAUCAGCAAAGCCCUGACGGUGAACAGCAAGGAGCUGAUGAGAGGUAUCUCAAUAAAGGAGACCCUGCGAAGCUGGGGACAUCUCUGGCGACAAUCCCCCAUCGAUUUACCAGAGAAGGAGAGAGCUGGCCUGUGGACUCGUUCGAGACAGGUCACGCACUUCCACAUGUUUCUAUCGCACUCAUGGGCCACCAGUGGGCGUUGGAAGUACUUGGCACUCAGCUUCCAGCAUAGCUGGCCCUACGUUCUGCUCACCUGGCUGCUCGCGCUCUUGGUUGUGGAGCUCUUGACUUGUCUGGGCCUUGUACCGGUGAUCAGCUACACCAGUUUCAGCUACCAGGGUUUCACUGCAGAGUGCCCUUUCAGUGGCCUUGGCCUUUUCGUCGCCCUGCCACUGUCUGUCCUGACGUUCUUCCUUGCUCCCUAUUUUCCAGACAUCGGGAAGGAACGCCAAGCUUGCUUCCUUGAUGUGGUCAGCAUCAACCAAGUUGACCCAGAGAUGAUGCGGCAGGGAAUCUAUGGGCUGGGUGGCUUCCUGAACGCAUCCGAGGAGCUGAGGAUCCUUUACUCCGCGCCCUACCUCACCAGGCUGUGGUGCGUCUUCGAAUUGGCUGCCUUUCGAAGGGCCAACCCGUCCGGCAGGAUCCGCUUCGCGCCUUUGUUCGUGGAGAUCGGCGCAGCUUCGGCCUGGCUCGGUGGUGCUGUGGGCAUCUUCGUCUAUUGGCUGGUCGUUCGCCUAACAGGAUGGCGGAGUUUCAUUCCCUUAACCUUCGCCGCGAUCCCCUUCUUCAUCUUCUUCCACAUGCUCCGGAAGAGCCUGUCCCAGAAGCGCCAGGUCUUCCAUGAUUUGGCAACUUUUGAGCUCUCCGCCGCGGGAUGUCGGAAUGCCGUCGACAAGGAGUUCAUCUACGCCGCCAUCGAGAACUGGUACGGAAGCCUAGAUGCCUUCACCUCCUAUGUUCGUGGCCCCCUUCGGGACGAGCUGCUGGCAAACCACUUGGGCACCAGCCUUCCGUGGAAUUACACUUUGCUGAUCGCGACCCCAUGGAUUACACUAGGAAUGGACGCUCUGGCAGCCCAAGUGAGAGGAGGGUUUCCCUUUCGCAAUUUGGUGUCCUAUGGCUCCGGAGUGGCUUUGGGGCUCUUUGGCUUCUGGUGGAUCACAGUGGUGCAGUUUGUCAUGCUUCUCGCCGGACGGUUCCCGAUGUCAAAGGAAGGCCGAUGGGGACUGGCACAGUCGUUCGUGCUCUACUUGGUGUGCGUCGCAUGUAUUUUCUCCGGAGCCAUCAUAGGACAUUGGGCAUACAAGGAUAGUGUUGCAGCAUCACUUGCGUGGUGUUUUGUAUCUGGCAUGCUAGCAUCUCUAAGCAGUGGGCUGAAGGUCUUUAAGUCUGCCUUUGGCCGCAGUUGA